AAAAAGUGCUUCCUUGGGGCUUGUAGGAAGGGAGCGCACGGCCUAAGACUCUUCCCUCUCUCCCUCCCUUCACAAUCAUACCUCCUCCCCCUCUUCCCCACCCAUCCGGCAUCACGAUCGUCUCUCAGGUAAACGCGCAGGUGAGAUUUAGAAGUUCGCCGUUUCCCGUUUGAAACUAAACUCAGCGUCUCCAUACUCCCCUCUUCACAGCGUGUUUUGUUCUUUCUGGGGUAGCGCGCGCUACGUUCGAAUAGAAUAAAGAAACUGCCGACGUCGUUUUUAGGCUGAAAUUCGCUCAUUAGUAGGUUUAUUUACCUUUUUACGGAGAAGGCAUAUAUCAAAAAGGAAUUGAUAAGAAGAUGUGAGGAGGUAGUUUUUUGUUGAGAAGGUAAUCUUCUCUUCGUGGAAAUAUAUUUCUUCUUUUUGAAUGUGUUGUUAGCACAGUUAUGUGCUGUGGUAGGGUGAUUGUGUGGCCACCAUGGGAAACAUGUGCUGCAGAAGAGUUGGUUACUCGCCCAAUGGGGCUGAGCUGGACAAUAACCGUUGUCUUCAGCAACAGCAACAACAACAACAGCAAUUGUCUAAAACACAAACCAUGUCGAACGUAUACCACAGCAACGGAGAUGACUGCGCCAUUAAUGAACUCCUCGAAGGACGGAUGGACUUGGACGUCAUUCUGCCGGAUGGCAGACAAGUCCGGCUCACUGUCGAGAGAAGGACUCCCAUGAUGGACUUGCUAGUGCAGGCAGCUUCUGCCACGAAAAUUAGUCCCGUUGGUCAUGUCAUACAUGUGUUCGGGGACAGUGGAAAGGGCAGCAACACCCUACAGUACAAGCCUAGUACACCGAUAGGGUCCUUGGACACGAACACCAUCUGUAUAGUACCGAAGAAGGAUGUCCAAGAACCUACAAUAAAGAGAGCACCCCGAAUCGCCAACAGGCCUUUUGAACCGACAUUCCGAGUCCAAGUUCAUCUGCCGAGAAAUCAGCUGACUGUAGUACGAGUUUCUCCGAGAGUGAAGAUAUCUGAACUGAGGAAUAUGGUCUGUCAAGAAAAAGGCUUGGAAACUAACAGGUACCAACUGGUGAGGCCUAGUGACCCAGCUCAGGUGCUGUCCGGAGACUUGACCCUUGCCGAAUAUGGUUCCACGGAAAUUACUCUUUUGUCAAACGCAUCCAUUGAAUCAAAUAUUUGCAAUUCCACUUCUCACAUCAUGUCAUACUCCAAAAGAGGAGAAGAACAGAAAAAGAAAACUGGAAUUCUUAGACUUCUGGCAGAGGACGCUCAUAAGAAGGUGGAGAAAAAACUAUUAUCAAAUGGCAAUAAUCGUCUUGCACCAACAACUAAAGUGAGUGAUAACAAUGCCUACCAAGGUCGGUACAAACCUAAAAAACGAAGGCCCGCACCUCCACCACCACCACCUGUACUGCCAGAAGCACCCUUCCAUUCCAGGCAAAGUUCUUCCGAUUCUAGUGGCUACCAUGAAGCCACUUCAUCAUUCCUACACGAGGAACACUGCACAUCAACAGAUGAAAAAGCUUCAAGUGAUAGCAGCGGCGUAAGUAGCUUAGAUGCCAAACUACCAGCAAUGGAGGCACCACCUAUACCAAACGCAAGAAAGAGAAAGGCUCCACCGCCACCCAUCCAGCCAACUGUGGAUGAUUCACCAAAAAUAGAAAAUGAUAAAUCCACAGAAAACAUAAACAAAACCGAGGUGCCUAAAUCAGAUGCUCAGCUGCUUGAUAAAAAAGUUGAAGUUUUGUCCAGUAAAAAAGAUGACCAGAAAGAGCAGAAUGUCAAAGACCAGAAUUCUUCAAGUCGUCCGAAGGAAGAUCUAAAGUCCGAUCUUGCGAAAGGUCAGACUUGUAGUGAUCUGGUGGAACAGGCUAAAGAAGCCCAACGUGAUGAGCCCAAAAGUGAUCAUCAUGUCGAAGUCACACAGAAAGUUGAUGAUCAUCAAACAGAAUCCGAUAAACCCCUAAAACAAGAAACAUUGCAUCCCACAGCUCAAAUACAUGUGAAUGCACAAUCUUGUCAUGUUGCUCAAGAAACACCAAGUGAUAUUGCGAAAAAAGAAGAAAAUCUACCUCACUGUACAGCAAUAGAACUGACUGCUUCUGAAAUGAAACCAAUAAGUAAUUCCCCGUCUGAUGUCAAAGAAAAGAAGAAAGAUGCCAAAACUGAGAAGAAACCUAAAACUAGUGAGCUAGUGACCAGGGUGGCGUUAGUUGCCCUCAAUGCCAGGAUCGAGCAGGAUGUGACGCAACAGGAAAUAGCCUCCAGUAUCCAAGCUGCAUUUCACUCUGUGGACAUCCCCCAAAGAGUCAAACCAUCUCUUCUGUCCAUUAAGCAAAGAAUCAACUUACCUAAGAAGAACCAAAGCCAUGUGACCCAGGAUGGCACUUGUAAUGAAAACUCAGCUGACAGUAAUCUACCUCAAGUUGCGGAUAAAACAGUAAGCGCUUCCGAUGACAGUUUGUAUCCAUUGCAAAAAUCAUCGGCGAUUUUAAGUUUAAAUGUAGAUAGUAAAGAAGAUGAUAUUGGCAUAGAAACUGUUCUGCCACCACCGACUGAAUUCAGGAGUGAUGAAAAAGAAACUUUUCCGGUUUACAGCACGUCAGAAUGUUCUACAACUUCCACUGUUUCUGAUGCAGGGAGUACAUUGAAAAGAUCAUCUUCGCUUCUGAGUGUUGCCGAGGUUUCUCCGAAAUAUCCAACUUUGCAUUCAAAAAAGAACUCGAACAUUCAAAGAUCUUUAUCAAAUGUACACGCUGAUGACAAAGAAGAGUUUUCGCUUGAGCAAGAGAAACUUCAGCGUGAAUACAUCGAGCUUCAGAAACAGUUCUUAGUGUGGCAGCAGCAAGUGUUAAAGAAUCAAGCUAUGUUAAGCGAAGAGUGCAUGGUAUCGCAAUAUGCGCGAACUCUUCGUCAAUCUCACAGCUUACCAGAAGGCGAGGAUUUCUCUGAUGAUGCACCGUCCUCAAUACCUUUAGUGUCUCGAUCUCUGUCAUACGAGCCCACUAAAAACAUUUGCUCCACAUUGCCGAGAUCUACCAUUAAUAUUCCUUCUUUGGAACUAAAUUCUCUUCCCAUAACCAAUGGAACAAGUACGCUUAGAUCUUCAAAAAACAAAAACUAUUUUAAACCUCCGCAAGUGCGGAUAUCAACUAAAAGUCGCCAAAGAUUGCCGCCAGAGAUUAGAAAAGACGGUGAACUGGACAUAUCAGAUGACAGCAAAAUGCUGUCAACUAUCCUUCCUUCAUUUGAUACUUUGAAGUUCAUAGCGGAACACAAGGAUGAAGAAGUUAUUUCAAAAACCUCGGACUACAAAAACAGCGAUACUAAUGUCAAAUUAGAAAAUAAUUAUAACAAUAAGAUGAGAGAGGAAGCUAAAACAGUCAGGCGACCUCAAAAUCCUAAUAAAUUAGCUACUUUUCCAAAACCUCAUACGAAAAUUAGUAAUGGUGUAUCCGUCAAAAAUGGUCCAUCUAGUGUUGUUGCAAAAUGUGUGAAUAAAAACAAUGGCCAAUCGAAUGGAUUGCCUGCAUCCGCAAAAGCGACAGAACAUUCAAUUAGCCCCCUACCUCCUCCUCCACCUCCUCUACCAUCAGAAAGUGAAAAACCGAAAGAGGUUUUGUCAUUAAAAACUAAUAAAUCUUCUAUAAAUCAGAAUAAAGCGAUUAAAAAAGAAAUCCAGCCUCAAAUAGAUCCUAGAGAACAAUUAAUGGCAGAAAUCAGAAAAAUGGGCGGCAGGACUGCUCUCCGAAAGAUUUCAUUGUAUUGAUAUAUAAACAAUAGAAAACCCGUUCUGUGAACUCUAUUUUGGUCGUUACUACGUGGAAGAGAAGCGCUGCAAAUAUGUUAUAUAAUCGGCAGGAAAAUAUGUACAUAUUAUCCAUUUCUAUGGUGCUCAUCUGGUAACAGACAUCGGGGUACUUCCUUGAAAAACUGGUCUUUGGUGUGGUGUUCAGUCGGAAAACAAUGUAUCAUAAAAACUAUUUAAUUAAAAUAAAAUGAACUUCUUGGCAGUAUACAGAAUUUAAAUGGGACAACUGUGUUAAAUUUUGCAUUAUAUGAAGGGCUAUCAAUGAUAUUACGCAUAGAUGCUAAUUCAUAUAAAAGCAAAAUUUAAGGCAUGUAUUCACCUAUUUUAUGUCGUCUAAGAAUAAGCGUUUGUAUUCUUUGUAUAUGUAAUUUUCUAUUCAAUUGUUUCUUAAUUGAGCAUUUAAUAAACAAUUUUAUCAAUGAAA